AACAUUGACAAAAUGAACCAAAUUUGUCGAUAAAAAGUAAAUCACUAACGCAAAGUACAUUUACGGUGGGCUGUCGAAAAUAUUAAAGGAAAAAUAAUAAUUGCGUUAUAAAAUAUGCUUUCACGCGUAGCUUUGCGUACAGCUUUGGCCCGACAGUCCGCCAGCACAUCCCUAGUGGCUCGCACAUCAGCCACAGAUGUCUCUGGUGUGCGUGAUGAAGUAAACUUCCCCAGGCCUGUGCGAGGCGAGCCCGGUAAAGUCAGACUUGGCUUCAUUCCUGAAGAAUGGUUCCAAUUCUUCCAUUCCAAGACAGGUGUUACUGGACCCUACACAUUUGGUGCUGGUCUCAUCACAUACCUUUUCAGCAAGGAAAUCUAUGUCAUGGAGCAUGAAUAUUACACUGGUCUAUCCAUCUUCCUUAUUGUCUAUUACGCAACCAAGAAGAUGGGCCCGCAAGUAGCUGCCUGGCUGGAUAAGGAAGUUGAUGCAGUCGAAAACACCUGGAAUGAGGGUAGGAUCCAGAGCGUCAAGAGCCUCGAAGACGCCAUCGCCAACGAGAAGGACGCGCAGUGGAGAGCUCAGGGCCAGGAACUCCUCAUGGAAGCCAAGAAAGAGAACGUGCUGUUGCAGCUGGAGGCUGCGUACCGGGAGCGCCUGAUGAACGCCUACCAGGAGGUCAAACGCCGCCUGGACUACCAGCUGGAAAAGUCGUCACUGGAGCGCCGCAUAGCCCAGAAGAACAUGGUGGACUGGAUAGUGCUCAACGUGACCAAGGCCAUCACCCCUGACCAGGAGAAGCAGACCUUGGACCGCUGCAUCGCCGACCUGGCCUCGCUCGCCGUCGCCAGGAAGUGAACUUAGGAACAAGCUAUUUAUUAUGCAAUAUGUUGUACAAUAUGUUAUUAAAGUGAGAUAAAUCGUCGUAUAGUUU